AGAAAAUAGCACAAAAAUGUCGCGACAAGCCACUCGACUUGAUGCCAAAAAAGUGUAAGUUGGUAAAUGUGUGUAAUGUGUGAGAGAGGAACAAUAAACGAGGAAACACAUGGAAAACCAUUUUAGCAGUAACCAACAACAACGUACCUCAACCAACGUAUCAGCGCCUAGAAUGAGCUCCGCCGCAGCCGGUAACAGCAGCGCCAAUAACAACAAUACCCACAAUCAGCAGCAACAGCAGCAGAGCAACAACAAUGCCGCCGCCCAAGCUGCCGUCGCCGCCCAACAAGCUGCUACUAACGCUCAACCCAUACAGGUGAUUCCGAUGCCAAUGCUGCCCACAGGGGCGGCACAAAUCAUAAUUGGGCAGCAACCACAGACACAGACGGCCACUGCAGGACUGCAGCCGCAGUUGAUACCCUUGCAGGCCAAUCAGAUCAUGCUCCAGGCGCAGCAACAACCGCAGAUGCAAGUGAUGCAGCUGCCCGAUGGCCAAACCAUAUUUUAUCAGGCGCCCACUAUAGCCGCUUUAGAUCCAAAUGCGGCAGCGGCAGUGGCUGCCCAACCCACACCCCACUAUCUCAAUAUAAAUGGUCAACUAGUGCAGAUAACACCAGCCGCGAAUACAAAUCCAGGAGCUCAGGGUGGUCAGCAGAUCAUAAUGGUUCCACAGACAACCAUGGCAGCAGUUAAUGCAGCAGCUCAAGGAGGAGCCGCCAAUGUGAUCACCCAGCAGCAACAGCAGGCGCACCAACAGCAUCAGCAGCAGCAACAUCAAGUGCAGCAAGUGCAUCAGCUUCAAACUCAGGUCCAGGCAGUUGCAACCACCUCCACGGCUGGUGUUGGUGCUGCUUCCGUCGUUGGUGCUACCGCUGCAGCUGCCGCUUCGGCGGCGAAUAACAUCAGUGCCGAUGUUAGCACUAGCACCACUGGCACCAAUACCACCAGCGAAGACGAGAAUUCUAAGGGUGAAGCCGAUGAGGAGCCCCUCUAUGUGAAUGCCAAGCAAUACAAACGCAUUCUAAUCCGGCGGCAGGCCAGAGCGAAGUUGGAGUCCCGCAUACCCAAGGAACGCUGCAAGUAUUUGCAUGAAUCUCGUCAUCGGCAUGCGAUGAAUCGGGCGCGGGGCGAAGGCGGUCGCUUCCAUUCCGCUCAGGAGAAGGGCGAUUCCAGUGGUCUAGACGGCGGAGGUAGCCUUCAGAUGGCCCCAAGCGGCGGGGCCACACUCAGUCGGGGAACUGCGCGCGCUCCCCCCAAACUGAUUGCUCCACAUCAGACCCCAAGCAUAACGAUAACGGCCAUAAAGACGGAAUAGUAGCCGGAUAGUUCGUUCACACUCGUUCGUUUAGACCGUGUCUCUAACUCUACGCCUAAAAUACAGCUAUGUUUGUGUAAAAUGUAUAUUUAUCUCUUAUAUAUAAUUAAAAGUAAAAGCUGAUGAAAUAGUUCAAAACAGAUAACAGAUAUCCAUGGAAUAUUAUAAUUUUUAACUCUCUAUUAUGUCAUUAGAUUUAAAACACACACAUAAGAAAUCAUCAGAAAAACUGUAUAAAUAAUAAAUCUAAUUAUACCGAA